CUGAGCGCGUGAGCAUGAGGGGCGUGGCCAACCUGACGCAGGUCCUGGACAACUGGAGGUUCGACAUCCUGAGCCAGAUGAAGGGCCUCCUGCAGAACGACCACCAGUCCCUGCUGCCCGACUACGCCCGGAUCCAGCCCCUGUCCGAGGCCCUGGACGAUCUCUACAAGGAGUUCAACGCCCUGAAGGCGCACCUGGGAGACCUGACCGAGAAGUUCUCCGCCAUCGAGGCCUUCAUCGACGAGCUGAAGGCCGGCGGCCCCGCCCCGGGACCUGGUCCUGGUCCUGGUACUGGUACUGGUACUGGUACUGGUCCUGGUACUGGUACUGGUACUGGUACUGGUCCCGUCCCCAGGCAGACAGGGAGGAGGGUGAUGAGAAAGAAGGCCACCUCCACCUCCAGCUCAACCUAA